CACGUGACCCGUGUGUUUACAGACAUCCGGAGAAUCAUGGAGGACACCGCUGGCAGUAAUCCCCAGUCGCUCGGCUUCACGGACAAACUCAAGUCGUGGCUGUCCUGGUCGUGGACGUACGUGUGCUUCAUCUGGCUCGGCAUGGUGCUGGUCAUGGUGUACGUGCUGUGGAGUCCGCUCAAGCUGCAGGAAACUCUCAGCUCGGCCUCGGUGUUUUUAAAUACACUGACCCCGAAGUUCUACGUGGCUCUGACGGGAACCUCCUCUCUCAUCUCUGGACUCAUCCUCAUAUUUGAGUGGUGGUAUUUUCGCAAAUACGGGACCUCGUUCAUUGAACAAGUGUCCGUGAGCCACCUGCGUCCUCUCCUGGGAGGAGUGGAGAGCAGCUCCACAACUGGUCUCUUCUCAUCAGUUAAUGGAGAGGCAGAGCCCAGACCAAGUGUUUCCGAGUGUAAGGUCUGGAGGAACCCUCUAAAUCUGUUCAGAGGAGCAGAAUACAACAGGUACACCUGGGUAACAGGGAAGGAACCCUUAACGUACUAUGAUAUGAACCUGUCUGCUCAAGACCAUCAGACCUUUUUCACAGGAGACACACAGCAGUUAAGGCCAGAAGAUGCUGUGAUGCAGAAAGCCUGGAGAGAGAGGAAUCCACAGGCCAGGAUCAGGGCAGCGUACCAGGCCAUAGAGAUGAACCACGAAUGUGCUGCUGCCUACGUGCUCCUUGCGGAGGAAGAAGCCACAACUAUCACAGAAGCUGAACGCCUCUUUAAAAAAGCAUUAAGUAUUGCUGGAAAAGAUAUCAACUUACUGGUGUACAUUAAACGCAGACUGGCAAUGUGUGCACGCAAGCUGGGGCGGAUUAAAGAAGCCGUGAAAAUGAUGAGAGAUUUAAUGAAGGAGUUCCCGCUGUUGGGAAUGUUAAAUAUUCACGAAAACCUCUUGGAGGCGCUACUAGAGCUUCAGGCAUAUGCUGAUGUCCAAGCAGUUCUUGCCAAAUAUGAUGACAUCAGCUUGCCAAAAUCGGCCACUAUAUGUUACACAUCUGCGCUGUUGAAAGCACGGGCCGUGUCUGAUAAGUUCUCGCCAGAGGCAGCGUCCAGGCGGGGGCUGAGCACGGCAGAGAUGAACGCCGUGGAGGCCAUACACAGAGCGGUAGAGUUCAAUCCACACGUGCCAAAGUACUUAUUAGAGAUGAAGAGUCUGAUCCUGCCUCCAGAGCACAUCUUGAAGAGAGGCGACAGUGAAGCAGUGGCAUACGCUUUCUUUCACCUGCAGCACUGGAAAAGAGCAGAGGGAGCCUUAAACCUUCUACACUGCACCUGGGAGGGCAUCUUUCCAGCCUUCCGGAUAAUUCCAUACCCGUUGGAGAAGGGUCACCUGUUUUACCCUUACCCAGGAUGCACAGAAACAGCAGACAGGGAGCUGUUGCCCUCUUUUCACGAGGUGUCUGUGUACCCCAAAAAAGAGCUCCCCUUCUUCAUCCUCUUCACAGCAGGCCUUUGCUCCUUCACUGCCAUACUGGCCAUGCUCACACAUCAGUUCCCUGAGCUCAUGGGUGUCUUUGCCAAAGCUUUCUUCAGCACACUCUUUGCACCCCUGGGUUUCUUCGCAGACAAGAUGGAAAGCUUCAUGCCGUCCAGUUUUUGGCACCAGCUGACUCGGAUCUGACCCCAUCUUACACACAACACACACAUAAACACACACCCAAAUCACUCCACACACACACACACACACACAACACACGCACAACACGCACCAAUACCACUCCAAACCCUCAGACAAAAAGUGUUUGCUCUCCUGUCUUCAGCAUUACUGUCCACUUGUUGCACUUUUACUGAUUAUGUUGGCUGAGGUUGUAUCAACACGGCAAUACCACCCUCAAGAUGCUCUCCCACACUGUCCCAGCAGCCAGAGGUUUUCUAAGAACACAUUUAAAAGGUACCACUUCCAGCAUUUUCACAGGGCCAUCAAAUUUAUUUUUGUUGUUUAUCCCACACAGCUGCAGUAUUUGAAUUUGGAACCAAAAUCUAAUUAGGUCUUUGUCAGAGGCACUGUAAUUUACAGUUAUAGAUUAAAUCAUGACUAAACUGAAACUGCACGUUUUAUGGUCCGUGGGGUAUUUGGGAUGGGAACUUGAGUGUCUUAUAGCAACCCUUGGUACCCCACAGACGUCCAACUGGGCAGAUUUAAAAGUCUCCUUAAAACAGAGCUGUGAUUUACAGCCUCGGAGUGGCUGCAGUGUAUACAACACCUCUGCAGUUCAACAGCUGUUACCAUGGCACGACACCUCAGCACUAUAUCACUGGGGCAACCGCCGCCCCCACAACAUGGAAAUGUAAAAUGGGAUCAGCACUGGUCACAGGAAGGAAGGCCUCUCCUGGCAUCACUCGUUUCUUUUGAUUGCACUUCAGACUGUUAUAAGUCAGUGUUUUGGUCAACUAGCAAAAAAAUAAAAGAAUUACAUAGGCAUUACAGCAGAGUAUCACACAGCACAGUCAAUGGAACAAACAGCUGUAAUACUUGUGGUAGGAUGGCAGUAAUUCUAGAUGUAUUGUAUUUUACAUCUCUUACAUUACCUGUCACUGCCUCUCAUUAUGCACUGAGCAUAUUCAGUUGGCCUUUCUUGCAGAUAUGUUGAGUAGCAUAUAGAGAUAGUGAGAAAAAUGAACAGACAUGCACAGUGAUAUUGUACAAAGUAGGAGUCAUUUUACUUGAUAGGUGCAAAAUCUCUGUUUGCUAGAAAUGGCACAUGAAUAGUUCUGUUGUAACUGGAUCGGUCGGCUCUCACAUUAUUUUCUUUCUUACAACCACCUAGUUGUAAAGUAUAAUGUAAAAACUAUCUGAUAACAUAACGGCUGCACAGAAACAAAUGUGCCUGGCAUGAAAUUGUGAUAAAACCUGUUAAAUGUAAUAUUGUGUAUGUCCAUGUUCUCUACCACAGUGAUAGUAAUGUUGUGAUUUGACAGCAUCCCAACACUUUGUUAUUGUUGUUUAUUAUUUAUCAUAUAUUUACAGGUUUUAUUACAUUUUUUAAACCUUUAAACAUGUUUGUUUUUACUCUGUCAGGCUAUGUUAAUUGAUAGUUAUUACAUUAUAGGCAGCUAUAGUAAUGUACAACUGUGGCUAUACAGGAUGAAAUGUGUGUAACAUCACUAUGACAACUGCACAAAAUGUGAUGAAGUGCCUUUUUGAGUGCAUCACACUGGCUGAACAAACCAAUUUGCUUUGUCUACAUUAUUGAUUUCAAGUUUAGAGGCAACUCUGUUCAAUUUUGAUGCAUCAAAUUUUGAUACUGAGAAAUAUCCAUAGAUGUACCAGCCAGGUAACAAUGGCAACCAUGCUGUUUUGUACAUGCACAUGAUGCAAUGGUACAUGCAUGUGUGUUUUUAUGUUGCGAGUGUGGAGUUCAUCGUUAAAAACACCGACAAACGUGUGAAAUGUACGGGUACAUACGAUGCUGAAGACAGGAGAAUGUUUGAACAACUGUGACUGUCCUUGAGUUUCAAAGUGAAACUCAAAAUAAAUUACUAUUUCAGUGCAA